CAGGAGUUAUUUCAUGCUAGGACUUUCUCACCACAACUCUAAUGCAUAAAUAAACCGGUAUUUCCACUAGGUUGUAGAAACCCCAUCAGUAGAAAAAAAAAAAAAACAACUCGACGAAGUCUCUUCCACACUCAGCUACAAGUUGCCCAAUAUGCGCGCCACAAUUCUAUCUGUCCUUUUUGCCGCCGGUCUGUCAUCAGCACAGGAAUUCCCCGUGGUUGUUAUCGUCGAGUCAGCAACAAACAAGACGUGCGCGCCUUACAAGAACUCUACGAUCGAAUUCGAUCAAUUGACGCCAUACUAUAAUACUAAUGGGAAUUUGGAUCAUGUUGUCGGGUUAUACAUUGGCCAAUAUGAAUCGCUCUGCAUUCCUUACAACGCGGAUGGCAGCCAAACUAUCAGUACGAACGACGGCUAUUACUUUGGCUUCGGCUAUUCUAUACAUGCUUCCCCUCCGGUCAAGGUUGAUUAUAUCCUAUGUGGUCUCGAGUAGACUAGGGGAACGGAUCGAGCGAUAUCUGGAGAGACCCUGUCCUUCAAUCAAUUUGGGCACAUUUCAAUCAGGAUUUUCCGGUGCUUCUCAUGUAAAGUGAACCCCACGGCAGCAGGAAGUGGUAUAGGAUACCCCAGCAAACAUUGCAAUGUUCGCAAAAUGAUAGGCUAGACCGUAAGGUUUGCAAUUCUAGACAUCGAUACGUCCAUAUCCUUGGCAACAUUGGAGAAGAUGGAAUCUUACCAAACUGCAACAGUCUCCUUGUAACUCUUAAGGUGUGAUUUAGAACGAAAGUUGGCCGCAAGCGGCACGUAUCACUUCUCCAUACCGUUUCACCGGUUCAAGAGCUUUAUUAUAUCUACGCAGCUAGAUUAUGUAUAAUUAUUGACGAUCUGUUUGCAUGCAGAGAAGUGUAGAGUCAAGGAUCAAGGGGAACUUCUGUAAGGGGAAACGAAUGUCACACGGACAGUCCUAUGAGACCUAAAGACCCGAAGAUAACCGACGCUACCCCUGGAGGAAAGUGAGGC